GGCCAUGCUUUGGCUCCUCCCUUUUCCUCUUCUUCCCGACCCAAAUUGACGACUGAGAGAAGAAAUCAUUUUGAUCUUCUUUCCCCUUUAAGCAAAAGUGAAGAAAAAAGGGUUUUGCUCGUUUUUAUUCAGAUUUUAUCAAUAAUCUCCACUUUCCUCUUAGAGCUGAAAUCCCAAUUGAACGAUCAAUAUCUUAUCAUCUUCCUUCACGGGCAGGGUAGCCUACGAUUAUACAAUCUAGGAGGAGAGAAUCGUUUUGCAGGAAUUCUCCUUCUUCCUCAAAGGAGGUUCAUUUGUUAGUAAAGAAAUGGCUGGUUAUGGUGACAAAUCGGAAUUCUCUGGUAAACCCAAAACUUCACCCUAUUUGAAUCGAUCAUUGACUAUGGAAUCAUCGGUUUCAAAUGGGUAUUCAUUUUCCAAGAAACCCCACCUUAAUAAUUUGAUCGAAUUCGAGCGGAAUGGUUCGAUCAAAAAACUGCACAAUUCCUCCAUUGACUCUAUGGGUAAUUCGAUCAAAGGAAAGGUGAAGAAACUAUGCAGCUUGUUCGAAUCAUCCAAGUCCAAGUCUUCGUCAUUAUCAUCAUCAUCCACAGGUAUAGAAGAAUCAGAAUCCCAACAACGAUUGAUUAGCAAAUUGAAUCCAAUAAAAUCAUCGAAUCCUGAUUCAUGGGUUUCUUCAAUCUGGGUCGACUCUUCAAUUCGUUUACGUGGUACUGAAGAUCGAGUCGUCCUGUAUUUCACUAGCUUAAGAAGCAUACGAAGAACCUGGGAGGAUUGUUGCACUGUUAGGAUGAUAAUCAAAGCCUUUAGAAUCUUUGUUGAUGAACGAGACAUUUCAAUGGAUUCUGCGUACAGGAAAGAGUUACAGUCGGUGUUGGGUUUGAAAGUUACAACAAUUCCUCAAGUAUUCAUCAAAGGGAAAUACAUUGGAGGUGCUGAUAUGAUCAAACAGCUUAAUGAGAUUGGAGAAUUGGGAAAGAUGCUUAGAGGUCUUCCUCUUCGAAAACCUGGUCAUGUCUGUGAUACAUGUGGGGAUAUGAGGUUUAUUCCAUGCUCUAAUUGCAGUGGAAGCAGAAAGGUUUAUGAUGAUGAUGAAGAACAGUUGAAGAAAUGUUUGGAAUGCAAUGAAAAUGGUUUGAUUCGUUGCCCUACCUGCUGCUGUUCUUAAUAGUAUGUUAACUUGAAUAUUUCAGCAGUAAUUUCAUGAAAAUGGAUUGGGUUUUAGUUAUAUGAUUGGAUUGACAAACUGCUUUGAGUGAAAUUAUACCUUUGAUUUGUGUUGUUUGAACCAAAAGAUUUAUUGGUCCAUUUUUAAAGCCAACAGGCUAAAAAAAUCAAAUAAGAAAACUGAUUAUUGUGUGCAUAUAAUGGUUGUAAACAAGUCUGUUCUGUUAUCUUGGUCUGUAAUUUCUUAUGCAGGAAAUGAUUUAUUCAUUGUUUGAA